AUGACAACUACAUUUUCUUCUGGUGAAGGGAACGAAGGAAGCAUCUACACCACAGAUUUGAAUGCGUACUGUACAUCUGAGCACACGGGUACAUCCGCGUCUGCACCUUUUGGAGCCGCGAUAAUUGCUCUCGCUCUUGAAGCUAAUCCGCAAUUGAAUUGGCGAGAUAUGCAGCAUCUCAUUGUUCGUUCUUCAUCUUCUUCUGGCUUUGUCGCUCGCCAGAAAACAACAGAGUUUGAAACCAAUGGAGCUGGUUUCGCGGUCAGUCACGUCUUUGGUUUUGGCCUCUUGGAUGCAUAUGCUCUAGUCUCAAUUGCAAAAACCUGGAGAACUGUUCCGCAGCAGAGGAUUUGUUCUAUUCAGUCGAUUCCAAUCCAAAGAACGGCCUACAAUCAACCAAAUAACAAGUGCAGAUCAAAUAACUUCCAUUUCAAUAACUGCCAUUCCCAAUGCAACGGCGGCUGCUGUGGGCCAAAAGAAACAGACUGUGUGUACUGCAGCAAUUUUAUCGAAAGCGACGGUGUUACUUGCGUGGCCCAGUGUCCUCCUGGCUACGAAGUCCUUGCAACUGCUAGAGCAGCUAAGCAAUGUCAAAAGGCCGACCGCAUUAUCCGGCCUCGCAAAGAAACUCGCCAUUAUAUCAAUGUCAGAAGAAACUCGUGCAAAGCGAGCGAUAGCGUCCGAUUUUUAGAGCACACAAUUUUGGAACUAACAAUUGAGCAUUCGCGGCGAGGAGACCUGGAAAUCAAACUGCGAUCGCCUAAAGGAACUCUUUCGACCUUGUUGGAAAGACGCUCAUUUGACAGAAGCGCAAAGGGAUUUCAAAAGUGGAAAUUUAUGAGUGUUCAUUUCUGGGGCGAAGAUCCUGAAGGCAUUUGGGUACUGACGAUUCUCGAUGUCCCAAGUCAGCGAAAUCAGCAAAUAGGUUUUCUUGAAGAAUUUACUCUUCAUUUACAUGGAACAUCAACUCAUCCUCAGCCAGGCUGGACAAUGCCACCUCUUCUACCCAAAACGCGGCAAAUUCAAGGUGUCCAGCGUGAGGACUUCCAUUCGGCAAUAGACUCCUCUCCACUCAACCAUAACUGCGCAAGUUUCCAAAAUCAUAACUGCCACGAGUUCUGCACAGGAGGAUGCUGUGGACCACAUCCUUUGCAAUGCCGAUUUUGCAAACACGCGAUGAGCAAAGAUGGCAGCACAUGUUUACAACAGUGUCCGUACCGACAGUUUCUGAAUUCAAAACGCCAAUGCCAGGAUUGUCAACACCCUUGUGAUCACUGUGCGAACCAGCCGGACGUGUGUACAAGAUGCGUAGCUGGGUACACUUCCGAUGGCCGCGGCGGCUGUGAUAAAGAGUGCGAGCUUGGAGAAUACACGCACCCGGAAACUCACGAGUGUCGCAAGUGUCACCCUAGCUGCUCCCGAUGCUCUGGACCUUACGCGAAUGAGUGUCGCGCCUGCACCAGCGAGUUUACUUUUCUCGAAGCCGGUGUAUGCCGCACACGCUGUCAAGAUGGCUUUUACCCCGACCUAUCAACACAUGUCUGUAACAAAUGUCAUGACGACUGCAAAACAUGCACUGGAGGCUCUGCAAGGGAUUGUACCUCCUGUCAUUACAAUAGCCUUGUUCAAAAUGGGCAAUGUCUGCAAACAGAGUGCGAAGACAUGAUGAAAGUUAAUUUAUGCUACAAUGUACUCGAGUUUUGCGAAGUCGCCGUAGUCGCAGAUUACUGCUGUUCGACGUGCAGAACGAAUAGACUCGCCAACCGAAACAGAAGGGCGCUGGAAAACUCUCCAUAG